CAUAACAUUAACAAGGAGGCUUUACAUCCAUGUUACAAGCAGCGCACUAUGACUAGGCCUAGGGCCUAGCCCUAUUAAUAUAGGCUACACUGCAUCACUGUGUGGACGAUCAAACUCAUGGAUUGUAGUAGGCCUGGAGGGACUAUAUGUGAGAAAUUCAACGGGUGUAGGCCUACUGUAUUAGUGAGGUAGCAGUGGUACAUACGGAGGCGAUGGCCAGUUCUCAAAUGGACCCCAGGGUGGCGGAGGUUUUGUCGGCUCUCCAGGAUUUGGGCAGUCGCCAGCAGGACAGGGAACAACUAUGAAGAGAGCAAGAGCCACCAAGGUAACCCCUUCAACUAUUGCUGACAUUCUUUCUUGCACAGCAGAUGGAAACAGUUUUACUGUAAUGGGUGGACAAGUGGAACUAAACCAGGUCUCCAUCAUAGGUAUUGUGAAGAGUGUGAAAGAUGGUCCAUCAAGGAUCGACUAUGAAAUCGAUGACUUGACAGGAGGAAUCCUUGAAGUCAAACAGUUUGUUGACAAUGAGGAUACUCCAGAACACCUGAGAAUCAAACCCCAGCGAGAAAAUGCCUACGUCAAAAUAUUCGGCCAUAUGCGAAGGUUCCAAGACAAGCAGACCGUCGUUGCAUUCAAGACAGCACCACUGAGCAAUUUGAACGAACUCACAACACAUAUAUUGGAGACCAUUCACACCAGACUUGUGCUCAGCAAUGGGAAGAAUGUGACUCAGGGGACAGCUACAAGUGGCAAAGUGAAUACCAUUCCUAUUGGCAACGCUGAUGAAAAUAGGUUUGAUGGAUCAGAUGGAUUGAAUGGCCUUACACCUAUACAACAACAGGUUCAACUGAAGAUCGCUAGCACCAUUAGUGACCAGGGAAUCAGUGUCCAAACAAUCUGUGAACAGUUGCGAGGAGUAACAGAAGCGCAAAUCAGGAAAGCAAUCGACUUCCUGAGCAGUGAAGGCCACAUCUAUUCAACUGUGGAUGACGAUCACUAUAAAACAACAGAUAGUUGAGGAGUGACCAAACUUUGGAAUACGACACAUGGCUAUGGACACUCAGGACUAUAUAAAGUUACAAAGAAAUGUUAGAAACAUUAUUGAAAGUGCUCGACAUUUGUGAACAAUUCAAAAUAUAUUAUGUGCUUACCAAAAAUCCUCUAUUUACAUAUUAUGUGGACAUCACAUAAGUGAGAGGUGUCUUGAAAGCUUACUUUAUAGAAAUAUUUCGAGACUGUGCGAGUUUUGGGACUAUUUUGCAGUCAUGACCGAGCCAAUUACAGUUGCAAUGGUCUUCUGUCGACUUUGGUAUCUUAUCCUAUCCGACAAAUAGAAUUGGUACUGAAUGGAUCAACAUGGCUCAAUAGCUCAUGCAUUGAUAAUAAACUAAAACUGCAUAUUGUUAAA